CGCAAGUGCAAAUGUGGCUUCUGCCUCCCUCCACCAAGCUUCCGAAAUUGGUUGUCUUGGGAUCGGUCGCUUGAAAAAAUGUAGGUUUAGUGUCGCCAUAAACCGGUCACUCAAACUGUCAAGUUCGUUCUUGGAAGAAUGAACCAGUAGUCUCUUUAUCCGCGCAAGUUCCCUGUCAAUAUCGUCCAAGGCAACUGACCCAUGCCAGAAGAGAGAUUCAAUCAGCUCUCUAGCCUGGCGAAUUACAACCAAAGCAUUGUUGCAUUCGAAUUCUAGUUCAAGUUUUGAGCCCAUGUCAUCUGCCAACAAGCCACAAAGUUCAACAACUUCUGACUCGCUCUCCUUUAGAAGCAUGGGAAGCAGAGAAGCAGCUUCGUUCGAUGGGUGGAGUAGUUGACCAAGUCUAGCGCGAGAAUCUAAAAUAAGCUGAUACCGGUGCGGUAGUUUUGAUCGCGCGCAGAGCAGCAAUAUCCCCGCCAAUAGGGGCUUUCUAGAAUAUUCGCGGCUCCCUAAGCGGUCUGUGAUAUUAGAGGACGGUCUUCUGCUUGGUAGAGCCUGGAUCCUUCUCGUUACAUUAUUGUGAGGAGAUUUUGCUGGCACCUGAGUGAGUCGGCUCCCUGGACCUGGAGGAUUAGCCGCCUGGGUAGAUGGAUGACGGACGAACGAUGAGCCAUCUGGAGAAUAUUCCUCGUGUAUAGAUGGCAUAAUUAGCUCUGGGCCAGGUGAUGAUACUAUGGAUGCAUCCUGAAGGAAAUGAGAUGGCUGCAACUGGCUACUGUUAUCUGGCCCAGUUGAAGGGUUGGAUGAUGGAAAAUCCAUCUCGGAAUAGAUUUCAUCGUCACUAUCAAUACAGGUCAACUGAUCUGCGUCUUCUGGAGACCAGCUCGCCCAUGAUUCUCCAAGAGAACGGAAUGUCUGAGACUGGCUUGAGGAUGCCAUCUUGGCGGGCUUGAUAGCAAGAGUUCUCCAGUUCUUCCAGAUGCGGAGCAGAAUGGGGUCGGUAAGAAGAGAGUACUAUCGCGAGUAUCGAGGAGGACAAGGAGGAGUUUGAUGGUAUAUAUUUGAUAUUAAUUGCUUGGAGAGCUGGUGCCUAGUUAUUUAAUGAGAUCAGCAGCAGCCUAGGCACUACAAGCAAAAUGGGGAAUAAACGCGCUUUUAUAGGUUUUCCCCGUAAAUAUAUUCACAUAUUUAUUUCCAAUACUUAAAAAUGAAUGUGUGAGAGUUGUGUGUGUGUUGCUAUGUUGGUGGUGAAAGAGGUUGAUGUUCUCUGCGAGCACACGCGCCUGUUUUUCAGAAAAUUCGCGCGUUGUCCCGAACUUUCAGGAAUUUUUUUAAAAUAUUUAAAUAAGCCUACGAUCAUCAAAUUGUUAAAUAAAUACUCAAGCGACCAAACGGCAAAACAUCUAGCCACACAUGCGGCGGCCCAGCAUCUUCCCAGGGCGAUGGCGCUGUAUUUCUUUCCAGCCCACAGCUAACAGCCGCCCUCAAAUCAUUCAGAGAUACCAUCACCCAUCUAGUCUCGCUGCGAGAAGUUGCUCGUGUGCGGUAUCGCAACAAUCCCAGGCCACCUCCGGUCAACUGCUCAACAACAAGAACAACAAAAACAACACACCUCACCGUGACACCUAUCUGCAGACGCCAGCUGUUUCUCCAGCAGACCAUAGAGUAGUAGGGACGGCGCAAGAACUCUUUACCACCUCCCCAUACAGCCCGGGAUCGCCGCUAUUCCUCCCAAACGGAACACAUAUUCUCAACAAACUCACCUCCUUCCUCCGAGCACAGUACAUACAAUACGGCUUCCGCGAGGUCCUCACACCGAGCAUCUAUAAAAAAUCUCUAUGGGAAGUUUCCGGCCACUGGCAAAACUACAAAGAUGACAUGUAUGAGGUACGGGGGCGGGGAGCAACGGGCGAACAAACGGCGGGGACGGAGAUUGGCGAGGACGAAUCAUACGGCCUUAAACCUAUGAAUUGCCCCGGCCACUGUUUACUCUUUAAAUCGCAGAAUCACUCCUAUCGCGAGUUGCCGCUCCGAUAUGCAGAUUUCAGUCCUCUUCACCGCAACGAAAUCUCCGGGUCGUUAAGCGGACUCACCCGCGUCCGCCGCUUCCAUCAGGAUGAUGGCCAUAUCUUUUGUAGACCGCAGCAGAUUGGCAGUGAGAUUGAGUCCGCGUUGAAGUUCACUGAUACUGUUAUGAAUAUAUUUGGAUUUGAGAAUUACAGACUUGUUCUUUCUACGCGGCCGGAGGCGGAUUUCAUUGGUAGCCUUGAACUAUGGGAAAGUGCAGAACGGCAGUUAAGGAAUGCAUUGGAGAAGAGCGGCCGGUCUUGGGAGCUCAAUGAAGGGGACGGCGCGUUCUAUGGGCCUAAAAUUGACAUGCAGGUACAGGAUUCGGAUGGCAAGUUCCAUCAACUCUCCACCAUUCAGCUAGAUAUGAACCUCCCGCAAAGAUUCGAACUGGAGUACGCUGUUGCGGAGGGUGAGGAGGACUACAACCCGGAAACUCCUGGAAGAGCAGUGCCCGUCUUAAUCCAUCGGGCAAUUUUCGGCUCCCUUGAAAGAUUCUUUGCGCUUUUAAUUGAGAAAUAUAACGGCCGAUGGCCGUUCUGGCUCUCGCCUCGCCAAGGCAUCAUCCUGACUGUCUCGCAGGACGAGAAACUUCUCCGCGCAGCGGAAGAUGCCGCAGCAAAAAUGUCCGGCUAUCAAGCCCACAGCAGCAGCGAGGAUGCCAAUUCUACCACAACGACAGGGCCUCUGAAACCACUCUCACCGGCUCGGACGACGUUCAGUAUCGAUCUGGAUACCUCAGCUCGCCCUCUCGGGAAGAAAAUUCGCGAGGCCAAGGAAAUGAAAUACAAUCUUAUUUUCGUACUGGGGGAGAAGAAUCUGGCGGAUGGGAGUGUUGAUGUUGAUCUUGGCGGACAAAUGUUGCUUGAAAAGGGCGUGGGAAAUUCGAAGGCUACCAACCAUCUUCAUCUUCUUGACGACACCCCUUGCUGGGAUAUUACCGGAGCUCCGAAUUUAACUAAUGAAGCUAACAAUGUGGCGAAGGUGGUGAAGCUGAAGAUGAAGGUGGAUGACGUCUAUAACUGGUUAUUACGGCUGGAAACAAGGUUCCACUGAACCUGCGGCUUGGAGCUCUAUUUUGCUGUUUCCUUUUCUAUAGCUUUCUGGAUGGGUGUGUGGCGUAUGUGUGGCCCCUAGAAUCAGAGCCCCCACCCCUUGUACUAUAUUCAAAUGCCGGCGCUACUUUGUUAGAAUAACUCGUUAACACGAUCUGCAUCAUCAGUCUGAAUGUUCUGCCUUCGACCGCUGCCACAACCUAGCGGCGGAGCAUCCAUAAGUGCCAUGCCUGGCCGCUUCGCAUUGGCUCUAUAUCCUAAUUACAUGGGGGUCAGAUGCCCUUCGGCCGACCACCACGACGUCCCUAGAGGCUAGAGCUCGCUAUUUCCUCCCGGGCAAUGUCCAGGAGGUCGCUAAGACUUUAAGAAUAACUCAAAGAUAGUCAGUUCACACCAUCCUCAUCCACAGCACAUACGUUGAGUUACUUGACCGGGCAUUAGUCUAAUUGAGUCUCUCUGUUCUUUGGGCGUGUGGAGAGGAGAUUAUUGGCGGAUAAGCAAGGACGGCGAUCCACUGUCCACUUCUCACCGGCGACCUACCUGGUAUACAUGACCAGAAAGGGUCAUGGAGAGGCGCCUGUGCAGCCGCGCAUCGCGGAUGGUGUAGCUAGAGGGAGGGCCGGUGAUGAACCAUGAUGCCCACUACUAAACCACAGAUCCCAACCUUCUGCCGCUCUUCUACGCGGGUUCCAUGCGGAUUCUUGCUGCCGAACCUUCCCCAGGUGAGACGCCGUGGCACCAGCGACAUGCAGGCGAUGAGGGCGCAUACUCUCUAGUCGGCUCCACCAUCAGAGUUCAAAACACAAGAAUGAUUCCUCAUCAUGACAGGGAGUGUGAUCAUCCAUCGUUGUCAGGGAUAAGUAUCUUUGGUGCGCGGUCCCACUCGCCGUAGGCCCUUUGCGUCUCUAGGUCGGUUAGAACGUGUAGUCAAUUCCACUCAAAGGGGAGGAAAUUUGGAGAUGCUUUGGAUGUCUUUCACUGCUAGGACUGCAAGUGAGUUGAGACCCCUUGUACAUGUACAUACAUGUACAUACAUUUUCCUCUGACUGCGUACCUUUAAUAAAGUUAGCACCGCGUCUGUUAGGUCGUCAUAUCUCAAGACAACAAUAGCAAAGAAGGGAAACAAAACAAGAGUUGUACAAAUCUGUAUGGAGAGAGAGUAAGCUUGCUCAAGUUGCCUACUAAGAGUGUACGUUAAUAAACGGGAGAAAAUAAACAAAUCAGUCGGCAGCUGAGCAAUUAUUCAUACCAAAGAAGAACGAAUAUUGAAUCUUUCUCCGUCUGAGUCCCCAGAACCGAUAGGGGUCUUCGACCUGAAAUAGUCACGAAACCAGUCACCUUUGUCAACCAGCUUGCGAAUGAGGUAUCGGUGCAUAUGAUUAUUCUCCUUCAUUAAAAAUGAACAGUUGGUUAAGCCUG